AAAUUUAACUUUUAUAAAGCAACAUGGCAAAAGUUAUGCAUAUGAAAUCACAAAUCACAACUUGUUCGGGGCAUAGUGAAAAGAGAAGUGAACCAAUCGGGGUGUCAAGAAAAACAGGCGUUGCUCUGUGUAAGUAGUAAGCUUGUUGGUCCAUCAAUGGAGCAGGAGGGUUUUAGCAGACAAAGACUCGAAGAUGAGCCUCUCAAAGUCCUCGAAUUCUACAGUGGCAUCGGCGGCAUGAGAUAUUCGCUCAUGAAAUCUGGGGUUAACGCAGAAGUUGUUCAAGCUUUUGAAAUUAAUGAUAUUGCAAAUGAUGUUUACCAGCAUAAUUUUGGGCAUCGCCCAUUUCAGGGUAACAUUCAAAGUUUGAGUGCAGCUGAUCUUGAUAAAUAUCAAGCACAUGUUUGGCUCCUUUCCCCGCCAUGUCAACCUUAUACGAGACAAGGCCUCCAAAGGGACUCAAGUGAUGCUCGGGCAUUUUCCUUCCUAAACAUUCUUGAGCUUAUACCUCAGCUGUCCAGUGCUCCACUCAUGCUUUUCGUAGAAAAUGUUGUGGGGUUUGAGACAUCUGAUACUCAUUACAAGAUGAUUGCAGUAUUGGCAAAAACAGGUUAUCUUACUCAGGAGUUCAUUUUAAGCCCAUUGCAAUUUGGAGUGCCGUAUUCCAGGCCACGCUACUUUUGUCUGGCGAAAAGGAAUCCUUCAUGUUUUCAAUAUCCAAGUUUUAAUAAUAAACUGCUUUACACACCAAGUGCAUUGUUUGGAACUGAUGAUGAGUUGACAAGCAAUGCACCUCAGCAAUUACCGGAGAGCCAGGAUUGUGUGUUCAUGUCUUGUGAGCCUGUACAUAUGUUUCUCGAAUUUGACAAUUACAGUAAUCAAGAUACAACACAAUCAGGAUGUUCGGAUGAUGUAAAUUGUUCUCCCAGUUCAUGUAAAUCUGCUCAAAGGUGGGACAUAAAGGUUGGGUCUGAUGGCAACUCGAUGGAUCAGUAUUCUGUUCCUCUGAGCUUGAUAGAAAGGUGGGGAAGUGCUAUGGAUAUUGUAUAUCCGGAUUCAAAGCGAUGCUGUUGUUUUACGAAGAGCUAUUAUCGUUAUGUCAAGGGUACUGGCUCCCUUUUGGCAACAAUCCAACCAAAGGUGAAGGGUAAAGAAUCUUCAUUAGAGAGCCAGGGCCUUAGAUAUUUCACCCCGAGAGAGGUUGCCAACCUGCAUUCUUUUCCGAAGGAGUUUUCCUUUCCCGAGCAUGUAAGCCUCAGGCAACGUUAUGCGAUGCUUGGUAACAGUUUGAGCAUAGCAGUAGUUGCUCCCCUGAUCAAAUACUUGUUUGCUGAUUCAUCUUGACGAUCAACUAUGGUAGCACCACAUCAGUAAUCUGAACUAACUGCAUCACCCAGCCUCGGUGUGGGAGAUGCAUAUAAUUCUACUGGCACUCAAUCUGAGAUCGAAAUGCAUGUGUGGUAUUAUGACAAUGCUGAAGGAAGCAAGCUAGAUGCUAGAAGGUUGAGAUUACCAUAGAAUUACCUGUUGGGGUGUAUGAUUUUGAUGGGUACCUGAAAUACUAUAGAAUCAGUCUGCUUCCAUGGCAAUGUAACCCUUUGUAUAAGUGAAUCGUGUAAUCCAAUUUUGUAGCUGUCGACAAUUUUUAAUGAUCUUUUAAUUACACUUGCAUAGUUUCAUAAUUUUGAAUUAAUUAAGUACUUCGUCUGGUUUAAAUA